AUGAAGCCACUUCACACCAUCCUUGACACACCUCUGAAUCGGCUUGGCUUGAUUGAUCUCUCACCUGAGGCCAGCUGCUUGAUAGCAUAUCCAGCAAGUGCUGAAGCUGGAAGCGUACACAUUUUUGAUUGUAUGAACCUUUCGGCAGUUAACACUUUCACAGCUCAUGAUGGACCUUUGGCUUGUCUCAAGUUUAACGCUGAUGGCUCAAUGAUCGCAACUGCAAGCAUUAAAGGAACAGUUAUACGCGUCUACAGUGUUCCUCAGGGGACGAGAUUGUUCGAGUUUCGUCGAGGGAUGUCCAGAGAAUCAACAGCAGAAUCUUCUAGCGGUUGGUUAGGUUACCUUACGCAAGCUGCUUCGAAUUACCUUCCAACGCAAGUGAAUGAGCUGAUGACUGUGGAACGGAGUUUUGCCACUGCUAUAUUGCCAGGAUCUGACAAGAAGAAUGUUGCUGCUAUGCCAACAAUCAAAGGCCAACCGCAUCUUCUCGUUGCAACGACGGAUGGUUUCCUGUACUGUUAUCGUAUAUUGAGUUCUGGUGGCGAAUGCGAUCUUGUGAAGAUGCAUCGCAUAGGAGUCAAUGCGACGGAAACGAACAGAACAGAUCCCAAUCGAGCCACUAGUGCAGAGGGUGGAGCGAGAGUGCCGGAUGCCAACGAUCCUGAGGAUUUUCCCACCGAUUUAAUCAAAGGCCAACCGCAUCUUCUCGUUGCAACGACGGAUGGUUUCCUGUACUGUUAUCGUAUAUUGAGUUCUGGUGGCGAAUGCGAUCUUGUGAAGAUGCAUCGCAUAGGAGUCAAUGCGACGGAAACGAACAGAACAGAUCCCAAUCGAGCCACUAACGCAGAGGGUGGAGCGAGAGUGCCGGAUGCCAACGAUCCUGAGGAUUUCCCACCGAUUUGUCACACAACGGGAUGA